UUGCUGAUUGAUCCAUCUGAUGGUCGACUUGCGCGACGGCGUGCUGCACCGCCGAUACCAUUCUUCUCAUCAUCUUAUCCAUCAACAACUGAUGAAGACGAAUCGCAAUCGUUGAAAGAUUAUUAUGACGGGAACGGUGCACAUUCAUCGCUUUUAUUGCGCAGUUCUGAGCUGGUGAUUGCGUUCUAUUAUGCGACGUGGAGUUUAGAUUCAAAAUUAGCACGAAACGCUUUUCAAAAUGUAGCGAAAAGUUUUGAUGGUUGUGAUGAUAUCUCGUUCGCAGCCGUAAAUUGCUUCACGACGCAUGGACAGUGUCGAAAUUCAUACAAAGUGGGUGCAUUCCCAAUUAUAGUGGCCUAUGUUAGUACUAAUCUAAAGAGUGUGCGUGAUGUUGCACUGAUUUAUAACGGCGAAUUGGUUGACGAUUAUAUUCGAAGAGAAUAUUUUGUGGCGUCGUUGAUUGCAGCACAAUAUGAAGAAUUACUUGGUGGCGUUCGUUUUGCGAUAGUGACCGAGUGGCGGUUAGCGCACUGGUUGAAAUUCACUCAUGAAGGACACAUUCAACUGUUUCAACAAGGUGAAGCACCGAUGCAUUUCCCGCUUGCACGAAACUAUUCAAGUUUGGAGAUCACCUAUUGGAUUCGAGAUUACUCCCUUACGCAUUCAACUUCGCUGCAUUGGCUUGUGCCAGAACAGUUGUUGACAAAGUUACAAUCAGCUCCGACGCUGAUAUUGUUCACAGCAAGGCAACCACUUUAUGCGCACAAAUCCGAAGUUUCGAUCGUGGAACAGACAGCAAUGGAAUAUUUGGAUUGUAGUGAAGCGUAUACGAAUCAGAUUCAACAAACACUUAAAAUUCGUGAGAAAUAUCGACAGAAACGAAUAAAACUCCUUGAAAUGGAUCAUAUUGCGUGCAAAGCAAUUAAAACUUUCAAAACAUCACUCGUUCAGGUAAUCGCUUGCUGUCAUAACAAAUACAAUGAGUUGGUGGAUUAUUGUGGGCGCUGUAUCAGAACGCUUUGGUGGAAUUCGCCUGCCCAGAACGUGCAUUCAACGUAUCGUGAUGAAUGCACAAAGAAAACUGUUUUAUUUAAUUUGAAAUCAUCACCAAUAUGUGGUAAUCUAUUCGAUUCCUCUACACUCAGCAGUGAGCGACCAAGCAAUAAUCAGUCGAUUGUCGUUGAAAUGUGUUGUUUAUUGACUGAAAUGGAAAGUGUUUACGGAGAGCGUAGACGAAUGACAUCACAGAAGAUGCAACAGCGUUGCAAUAAUUAUCGAAUGCGACGUGGCGGUGGUGCGAUGGAUCGAAUAAGCACGAGUGACCUUUAUUUUGAAUCUACUGACGGUGAUUCGUCUCAUCUUAAGAAAAACAACGAAAGAUCUCAUACUGAUUCCAAUAAUGCGCCUAGACGAGCUGACAGUGAUGAGAACGCUGAUGAUAAAUCGAUUCAUGAAAGUAUUAGUGAUGGUCAGCAACGACGACAACAGCAAUAUGAUUCAUUGUCAGUAGCGCACCUGUCUUGUUCGUAUAAUAACUCAUUACGUUUUAUGGCCAUUGAUACACAACAUUAUGGAUUUUUGAUUGAAAAAUUGGCUAUAAACUCGCCGAGUUUGAAGUCGUCUGCAAACGAAGAAAGUAACGUUAUUAUCGUUGAUGGAAUAAAUGAGCAGAUUUUUGUUAUGCAAGAGACGUUGACAAGAGAUACACUGAAAAAAUUCGUUGCAUCAUACCAUAAUGGUCUACUAUCACGGCAUCAAAUCAGUGAAGAAAAACUUGCGAAACAAUUGAAGGCAACUUCGAAUGAACAACUGACAAGUAAUAAGAAAAAUAUUAAUAAAAUUAACACAACAUCUGCAAAUACGUUCAUGAGUGGUCUUCUUAAUAAGAACUCUUCUCAAGAUAUGGUUGUGUUGCUAAUAAAUGGUGCGUGGCAUGGGCCGAGUUCGUCAGUUUUUUACAUAUUCCACACAGUCGCUUAUUAUUUCAAGCCAUUCGAAUCAAUGAUUAACUUCGUCAUGUUCGUUAUUGCAUAUCAUACAGUUUCAAAUUGGACGUUUCAAAGAAUGAUCUUCCAUGGCAAUUUAAAAUGGAUCGUUUGCCAUCUGUAUUGUUCUUUCUAUCAAAAAGGUGCGGAAUCAGCGUCCAGUGCUAUGCCGAGAGAUUGGUCGAUGAGCGUACCCGGUUUGAUAUCGUUUAUAAUAUCGAGAUGUGGUACCGAACUUCGCUGGCGUUUAGCCCUGUCAUCAUGUUCGAGUGUAUGCAUGCGCAACAAUACGAUCAUGUUGAAGCGUCGUGCUCGUAUUAUCAAUAAUCACAUUCAUCAGUUGAGAACUCUACAAAAUUCGUUCACCUUCACUAAAUCACAGUCGUCUCUGCUAAAAACACUCAUUCUGAGGUUCUGUUUUGAUUUAAUAUUACAGUCAGAUAUACUAGUCGCUUUUGAAUAG